ACAACUGAAUUUUCAUUAGCCCAAUCAGACACCUAAUCACUUCUCUUCUUCCUCUCUCUCUCCCCUUCCAUUGUUGCUUUUCUCUUUUCGUUUUAUUUCUUCCGUGUAGCAGUUCCUUCCAUUUCAGGCAUGAUGGAGAAUGGUUUGGAGGAAGAGGUUCAAGAAAAACAAAAACAGCCUUGCUUUUCUUCUAUGGAUAAGGUAUAUAUGGUCGAUCAAGGGGAACCUGCUUCACUUACCUGGCAAAGGAAGUUGAACGACAAUGCAAAGGUCCCUCCGGCUUUCGCUCUCAGUUGGCGAGACACUAUGCAUUUGGCUCCAUUAGGCUUCCGGUUGUGGCGUCAUACCAAGAAAGAAGAAGCAAAAGGAAGAGCGUCAAUAUUUGAUAUUUUCAGAAAGCACACAGUCACUGCUGAUCAUGGCAUUCCUUUAGGUGGAAUUGGUGCAGGAAGCAUUGGAAGAAGCUUCAGAGGGGAGUUUCAACGAUUUAAACUGUUCCCCUUGAUAUGCGAAGAUAGCCCAGUUCUGGCAAAUCAGUUUUCUGUUUUUGUUACCCGCCCAAACGGUGAAAAGUUCUCAACUGUUUUAUGCCCUAAAAGGCCAGAGCUAUCCAAAGAAACUACUGGUAGUGGAAUUGAAUCUUGGGAUUGGAAUCUGAAUGGGGAGAGGUGUAGAUACCAUGCUCUGUAUCCAAGGGCUUGGACAACGUACAAUGGUGAACCUGACCCAGAACUUAGAAUUGUUUGUCGUCAAAUUUCACCUUUUAUUCCCCACAAUUAUAAAGAAAGCAGCUUUCCUGUAUCAGCAUUUACAUUCACGCUAUCGAAUUUUGGUGAGACUUCUGCGGAUGUCACCUUGCUCUUCACUUGGGCUAAUUCUGUGGGUGGGACAUCCGGCUUCUCUGGCGGUCAUGUCAACAAAAAAAUGAUGACGAAAGACGGAGUGCGUGGAGUAACUUUGCACCACAAAACAGCAAAUGGACGUCCUCCUAUUACAUUUGCCAUUGCAGCACAGGAAACAACUGAUGUUCAUGUUUCUGAAUGUCCUUGCUUCCUUAUAUCUGGAAAUUCCCAGGAUAUCACCAUCACGGCGAAAGAUAUGUGGCAUGAGAUUAAAAAGCAUGGGUCAUUUGACAAACUUGACAGCAAUGAAAAUUCGCCAUCAGAUCCUGGAUUAUCUGUUGGGGCAGCUAUAGCAGCAUCCCUGACCGUUCCAUCUAACUCUGCUCGAACAGUCACAUUUUCAUUGGCAUGGGACUGUCCUGAAGUUAGAUUUGGCGAAAGAACCUACCACAGGCGCUAUGCAAAAUUUUACGGUGCUGCUGGAGAUGCAGCAAUGAAUAUUGCACAUGAUGCUAUUAUUGAGAACAAUAAUUGGGAAUCCCAGAUAGAAGCGUGGCAAAGACCAGUUCUUGAAGAUGGAAGACUUCCGGAAUGGUACCGUAUUACUCUCUUCAAUGAGCUCUACUACCUGAAUGCAGGGUCGACUAUUUGGACAGAUGGAUCACCUCCAAAGCAAAGUUUUAUAACAAUUGGAGACAGAAAAUUUUCCCUUGAUAAGUCCAGGUCAGAUGUCGGAACUGAGAAUGAGGUUGCUUGUAAGGAUGGUAUUGCUGUGGAAAUCCUUGGAAAGAUGUCAUCUUUACUUGAGCAAGUACAUAAUCCAUCAUCAUCAGAUGCUGCUCUUGGGUCCUAUUUACUUUCAAAUGGAGAAGAAAACAUUGGUCAGUUCCUUUAUCUUGAAGGGACUGAAUAUCUGAUGUGGAAUACUUACGACGUCCAUUUCUACUCAUCGUUCACACUGCUGAUGCUAUUCCCAAAACUUGAACUCAGCAUCCAGAGAGACUUUGCAGCAGCAGUGAUGAUGCACGAUCCUGGUAGGAAAAAAAUCAUGUGCGAUGGGAAGUGGGUUCCACGAAAGGUUCUUGGUGCUGUUCCCCAUGAUAUUGGGCUCAAUGACCCCUGGUUUGAAGUAAAUUCUUAUAACCUGUUUAGUACAAUAAGGUGGAAAGAUUUGAAUCCCAAAUUCGUUCUUCAAGUCUACAGGGAUGUGGUUGCCACAGGUGAUAAGGAUUUUGCACAAGCUGUUUGGCCCUCGGUUUAUGUUGCAAUGGCUUAUAUGGAUCAAUUUGAUAAGGACAAGGAUGGGAUGAUUGAGAAUGAGGGGUUCCCUGAUCAAACAUAUGAUGCAUGGUCCGUUAAAGGUGUGAGUGCCUAUUGUGGUGGGCUCUGGGUGGCCGCCCUCCAGGCUACUUCAGCCCUUGCGGGCAUAGUUAGCGACAAUGAAUCUGCCACUUACUUCUGGGUUAAGUACCAAAAGGCAAAAUCUGUAUAUAAUACAUUAUGGAAUGGUUCGUACUUCAAUUAUGAUAGCGAGGGUAAUAGUACGAUUCUGGCUGAUCAACUGGCUGGGCAAUGGUAUGCUAGACUAUGUGGCCUAAUGCCGAUUGCUGAUGAAGACAAAGUGAGAAGUGCACUCAAAAAGAUUCAUCAAUUCAAUGUCAUGAAAGUGAAAGGAGGAAAACGGGGAGCGGUCAAUGGCAUGUUACCGGACGGAAGAGUAGAUAUGUCAGCAAUGCAAUCAAAGGAAAUAUGGCCUGGGGUCACAUAUGCACUUGCCGCUUCUAUGAUACAAGAAGGAAUGAUGGACAUGGGAUUUCAGACUGCAAGUGGUAUUUAUGAGGCAGCCUGGUCCAAAGAAGGUUUAGGUUAUUCUUUUCAGACCCCAGAAGGUUGGAACAUAGAUGAUGAAUAUCGGUCUCUCUGCUACAUGAGGCCGUUAGCGAUAUGGUCAAUGCAGUGGGCUUUGUCAGAGAAGCCUAAGCUCGAAAGGCUCGAAAAGCAAGAAAUGAGCCGUGAUGUCAAUGAACAGGACCCUGCAUAUUUAAAGCACCAUGCAGAAUUUACCAAAGUUGCAGACCUAUUGGAAUUGCCAAAGGAAAAUCCUUCCAAGGGCUUCCUGCAGACUGCUUAUGAUUUCAUUUGUAGAAAAUUGGGAUGUUGUUGUUAAUCUUCCAUGUCAUUGAAUGUCUCAUGGAAUUUUUCUGUUUGUUCUAUCGGCUAUAUGGCUGAAAAAAAAUGUCAAGACACAUGGAAAUUCAGUUUAUUUCUAGUUAGUAAGCAAAAAAAUAAUCACAGUACUUCCGUGAUUAUGGUGUGGUUGUAAUGUUGUUAUACUCCAAAGUUUAAAUCCAAUCUUUGUUAUUUUCUUA